AUGGACAGUCAACGGCAGCAAGCAUACAUACCCGGCCCCCCGCCUUCAGCGACACAACCAUCUCAGCCUCAUAUGAUCCCUCUACCACCACCGCCACCCAGACAUCCGCAAGCGCAACCUCAGGUCAUGCCACCUCCGCCUCCAGGGCCGCCUCCAGGAGCUGGAUAUGGCACUUCGAAGCUGGCAAAUCCUCAAUUGCAGCAUCAAAACAAUAUGGGUUGGCAACAUAACUGGGCGAGGCAAGCGCUGCCUCAAGGCUUUCUUCCACCUCCACCACCUCCUCCCAUGGUUCCAGCUAACCAAACGUUCGGUCGCCAACCGACUCUGUCCGUCCCCCCUAGCGAUGGCCAGCCGAUAACGUCUGCAACAUAUGUGCCCGGCGGCAAUACGUUCGGUCCAGGCGUUGGGAUCCCAUCGUUGUUUGAUGCUCACCCUCGCUCUGCAUACGAGACCUACAGUACUAUGGCGGCAACCGAUAGACAAAGAGCUGCAGUCAAUCAGUUAUAUGACAAUCCAGGAGAAGUCCCGGCGUACAAGAGGGACGGGAAUAUUCCGCCUACCCCCUCGACUCGCACAUUGCCCACGCCCUUGACUUCACAUGCCAAUGUUCAAGACACCGUCGCUCCUGCCGUCCCUGCCUCAACUGUUCAGAACCCCCAAGCCCAAACAAGCCACGCAGCUGAAUUGACCAAAUCCCCAAGUCAUCGCCAUAACAAUAACAACACCCUACUUGGAGGCAUGUCAGCGAGCGAGGCUGCUCUGCAGUGGCCACUUGAUCGAGUACUGUUGUGGCUCGCGAAAAAUGGCUUCUCUAAAGACUGGCAGGAGACCUUCAAAACUCUACAAAUUGAGGGAGCCGAUUUCCUUGAUAUCGGCCAUGGAGCAAAUGGUCGAGGCAAUCUUAACAAAAUGCAUAACGAAGUCUAUCCUCAACUCAGCAAGGAUUGCGAAGCUAGUGGCACAGGAUGGGAUCCGGUACGCGAGCGGGAAGAAGGAAAACGUAUGCGUAGAUUAAUUCGGCAAAUUCAUGAUGAUGGAAGCCACGAGGCUGCAGCUCCCAUUUCAAAACGACGAGAAUCGCAAGCUCCCUCCGAGGGCCAUCCGGAGGCCUCACCCAAGAUACCUCAUGAGCCUCAAUCUGCCGGUCCCAACACCGGAACGGUUGAGAAUAGCCCUAACCUCAAAGCACCCCAAUUAGCUCAGCCUCAUCGAAAUAGCAUGCAGAUGCGUUCUGUCACUUUACCCAUCCCAAAUACUUACGAUAAUGGAUUAACGGAUUUUGGCUUGAAUGACAGCACAGGAUUUCGAUCAGAUUAUUCUCGAACAGUACUGGCUGGUCUCGGCGUUGACCAUCGAAGGCAAAGCCCGUCAAUGUCCAGUGACAACGGCAACUUUCCAGUACCAUUUCGACCAUAUGAGGACAGCCCUAAAAGUGGGAGCCCAGCGACGCAGCACGCCACGCUGCACCAAGGCUUAUCUUCAUCGUCGGCAGGUGACUUGAGCGUGAAGUAUGAACAUUCUCGUGGUAAUAGUUCCGAUUCGGCAAUGGGUCGGCGAUAUUACGAAUCGCGCAAGGCGCAGGAGACUGUCCGUCCAUCGCCACAAGAGACAUAUAACCGUCAAUGGUCAGGCGAGAAUUCUUCGUCAUAUUCGAAGGAGCAUAAGGGACUCUUCAACUUCUUGAAAAAGCGAACAAAAGCCGGGGACUCCAACCAUCCGUCACCUGAAGAACAGUACCUAGAGUCCCCGACAAGUCCGGUGCACCAACGCCAGAACGGUCCACAUCUUCCAUACGCCAAACCGAAUUUCAAUGCCAGUGAUAUGUCCCUGGGUGAGCGUCCAUCGUCCGCCUCAAUGUCAGACCAGGAACGGCUCGCUACACGAGGCAAGCCAGUACAGAAAGGGAAGAAAUGGAUAUUCGUGACUCUGGACGGGUGGAAUUAUCGUUUAGUCGAUAUCACUGACAUGGAUUCUGUGGAAACACUGCGUGCGGCUAUCUGCAAUUAUCUCGGAAUCUCCGACUGGACUGGAGCGCAGAUUUUCCUAACUGAGCCAGGCCAAACUGAACAUGAGGAGCCGCUGAGCGAUACCAUGCUUGCUCUUUGUCGACGCACCAAAUCCGACUCUAUCGGUACCUUGAAACUGUUCGUGCGGGGGACACACUUCCAGCCAGCCCCAAACAGCUCUGCCACCUUCGCAGGCUUGGGGGUGUCCCUUCCGGAAAAGCAUGCCGCAUCGCCCACUCACCAUGUACACCGUAAACCCCUGGAUGACGAAGCACUAAGUAGGAUUUCACCUAAUGCACAGAACAUACCUGCCUCGCCGCAAUUAGUCACUCGUCAACCGCAGCUCAAGCCUUCUGUGGCGAACCUGUCAACCCGUGAUCUCUCGCAAACUACGGGAACAUCUCCCAUUGAGGGUGAUUCGAAUGUCGGAAUCACACCUGAUUUGGAUAAAGCCGACCUUUUGGCUCGCCAUGAGGAACACAAACGCGAAGUCGAACGGAAGCAGAAGGCCUAUCUCAGCUCCAAAGGACCCCCGCAACCGAGAAAUGACACCUAUGGAGAAACUGGCUAUAGACGUGCCGGCGUCAUUGAUUUUGACGAACGCCGAAUUUCUCCUUACGAAGACAAGAAGCCAGACACACUGGUUCCUCUUCGUAAACCUCCUUCGGCACCACAGGAGUCUUACACACUUACCAGGAUCAACUCGUUGAGAAAGAAAGACGAAAGGCCAAGGGCCCCGCCAGCUGUGCAAACUCAUGGUCUUGGAGCAAUGUUGGCUAGCGUUGGCAGAAUGACGAGUGCAAUAGGUACACCAGCACCUUCAGUGCCAACGCCAACCAGCGCGGUCAAUAAACCCCCUGGCUUUGGAGGUUUCAGUCAAACCCCACAAGGUGACUCGAAGGGCGCACCUCAAUCUUCCCCAGAAAAGGAAAGCCAUGGCACUCCUGUUGUCCCUACCGAGCAAUUCUCGGCGAAGAGCAGUGCCUCCGAAACUCCCAGGCCAGCGCUACAAUCCCGCAAAUCCUACGGGCCUGAAUUCGAUUUUGAAGAGACGGAAGUCUCUUUCCAACGAUCACCCGUGCUCCAAGCUGAAUCUGACGAAGAUUCAGACGACGGUCUUUUUGCUAUACCACUGGCAAAUAAGAAUCCUACUGCCAAGGUCAAGGCGCCCGACACGGUGCCUCCAGGGAUACAGAAAAAGUAUGAGAAGCCAGCUCUCACCCUCAAUACCGAAACAAGGCAUCAAAAGGGGCUUUCCGUGAGUUUCAGGUCACCGAGUGCCACUCGGGAAACUUUUGCCGACGCCGGUGUCGACUUGAGUAACCGGAAUGAACCUUCCUUCGCCAUGGCCAUGUCACCUGAAGAUGAGAGGCCCCCGCGAAGAGAUUCUUUUGCCCGAGGCGAUGUUUGGGCAAGCAGACCUCCGGUCGAAGGAGUUAUCGAUAAUCUGGACGACUUCUUCCCCGAUAUCGACCUUGACGCGCCCUAUCUUGAUGGACAAGGCGCUUCUCCACCUGCAUCCCCGGCAAAUAAGAUUGCAGCCGACAAUGAAUUGAAUCGAAAGGAAAGCCAACCUAACUUGUCUUAUUCGGGAGGAAAGGUUACCGACGCCGGAAAUAUUCUGGGCUCUGGCGAGCCAACAUUGAAGGCACAAGGCGGUGAUAUCGUGGCUCGUCGCAACAUUAACCGAUCCGGAGGACUCACUCGAGGGAAGUCAAUCCGAGAGGUCGCCAGGGGUGCCAACCAAGCGAGCAGGACUCGCAGUAUCCAUACUGGGAACCAAAAGUCUGGUGUGCUUCGCCGCACGAGUACCAAAAUGUUCGGUGCGAAGAUUAUGCAGAUCAGGCCAAAGCCUGGCAGUCGUCUCAGCCAACUUGACCCAAUCCCUCAAAACAACACUUCAUCAGGCGUUCCGCAGAGACAGCCAACUUUCCGUAUCAUUCGCGGUCAGUUGAUCGGCAAGGGAACGUAUGGUCGGGUCUACCUGGGAAUGAAUGCCGAUACCGGUGAGGUCUUAGCGGUCAAGCAGGUGGAGAUCAAUCCGCGACUUGCAGGAUCAGAUACGGACCGGAUUAAGGAAAUGGUCGCUGCAUUGGACCAGGAAAUCGAUACGAUGCAGCACCUUGAACACCCGAAUAUCGUGCAAUAUCUUGGAUGUGAGCGGGGCGAGUUCUCCAUUUCCAUCUACCUCGAGUACAUCUCUGGAGGUUCCAUCGGUAGCUGCCUGCGAAAACAUGGCAAGUUCGAGGAGAGUGUCGUCAAGUCCUUGACUCGUCAAACACUGAGCGGAUUGUCAUACCUUCAUGACCAAGGCAUCUUGCACCGCGAUUUAAAAGCGGACAACAUCCUCCUUGAUGUUGACGGUACCUGCAAGAUCUCUGACUUUGGUAUUUCUAAAAAAACGGAUAACAUUUACGGAAAUGACUCGUCGAACUCCAUGCAAGGGUCGGUGUUCUGGAUGGCGCCGGAAGUCAUCCAGUCUCAAGGACAGGGCUACAGCGCCAAAGUCGAUAUCUGGUCACUGGGUUGUGUGGUACUCGAGAUGUUCGCCGGCCGCCGGCCCUGGAGCAAAGAGGAGGCGAUCGGUGCCAUCUUCAAACUCGGAAGCCUGAGCCAGGCACCCCCUAUCCCGGACGACGUCUCGCUGAACAUCAGUCCCGCAGCGCUGGCGUUCAUGUAUGACUGCUUCACAGUGGACUCCGCCGAACGCCCGACAGCUCAGACUCUUUUGACCCGCCAUCCCUUCUGCGAAGAAGACCCCAAGUACAACUUUCUCGACACCGAACUUUAUGCCAAGAUUCGCCAUGUCCUUUAG